AUGAUGCUGGUCUCAGUUGCAGCUGAAACUGAAGACCUACUUGGAAAGAUGUUCACUUUCCCAGAAGACUCAUCCUCAGCUCAUGUGAAGCUGUUGAUGUCAUACAGGAACUUCAGCGCUCUCACAGUCUGCCACAGAUCUUUCACUGACCUCACAAGAUCUCAUGCCUUCUUCUCGCUGUUCACAUCUUCUGCUGAAGAUUUCUUCCUGGUUCAUUAUCAUGGUAAGACCCAGCAGAUGAUGGUACACAUCGGCAAUACCAGUGUGGGUUAUAGUGGACUAGACUACGCCCCAAACAAAUGGCACUCCCUGUGCACCACCUGGGACUCCAGCUCAGGUCUGGUGCAGCUGUGGUUCAACGGACAACGUCUGAGCAAGAAAUACAUCUUUGAGACAAUCAUUAGAUCAUCCAUCUUCAUCUUGGGACAGGGAGAGGCCCGUGAUGGCAGAGAGUCUUUCACGGGGAUGAUGUCAGAUUUUCAGGUGUGGGAUUAUGCACUGUCUCUCUGUGAGAUCCAGAGAUACAAUUCGAACCCGUCUGACACUUCAGGAAAUGUCAUCGACUGGAGAGAGCUGGACUUUGAGAUCAUCGGGAGAGUCCUCGUCGAAUUCACAAACGCGUGUUAG